UUGAGUUUAAGUUAUACCACGUCAGUUUGGAUAACGCGAGAGAACGGCUAAUACGGUUUAAAAUGGUAAAGCAAAGGAAAUAUGUCGUGAAGAAACAUUUCCAGGGAGUUCCCAAGCGGGAUGACUUCGAAGUCGUGGAAACCGAACUACCUCCAAUCAAGAAUGGGGAGAUCCUCAUCAAAACCGAAUGGAUCAGUGUGGAUCCCUACCAGCGCGCCUACAACUCCCGCUACCCCGUACCCUACGACCAAUUCGGUUACCAAGUUAGUUUAGUAUUGGAUUCCAAAGACCCCAGAUAUCCAGAAGGCUCUAGAAUCGUCUGUCACCAAGGCUGGUGCGACCACAGCGUCGUUAAUACAAGCCAAGGUGACGGAGCUUUAAGCUUAAACACUGUCUACAAGCUUCCCGAUUUAAAGGGUCUGUCCAAUUCUCUGGGGGUCGGAGCUAUUGGCAUGCCGGGAGCGACUGCGUACUUCGGGUUCCUGGAAUUAUGUCAGCCGAAAGCAGGCGAGACGGUGGUGGUAACUGGCGCUGCCGGGGCAGUGGGGUCCAUCGUUGGACAAAUCGCCAAGAUCAAAGGCUGUACAGUUAUCGGCUUCGCUGGCUCCGAUGACAAGGUGGAAUGGCUCGAGAAGGAGUUGGGUUUUGAUAAGGCAUUCAAUUAUAAAACUGUGGACGUCCAGAAAGCUCUGAAGGAAGCUGCGCCUAAAGGAGUAGACUGCUAUUAUGAUAACGUUGGAGGUGAAAUAAGUAGCCAGAUUAUUUCUCAAAUGAACUACUUUGGUAGAGUUGCCGUCUGCGGAAGUAUAAGUGCAUACAACGAAGAUCUGCUGAAUACACCAAAAGCCUCUAUAAUUCAGCCGAGUAUAGUGACGAAACAAUUGAAAAUUGAAGGUUUCAUCGUUUCGCGAUGGCUUUCGCGUUGGCCCGAGGCUUUCGCGGACCUGAUUAAAUGGGCCAAAUCUGGUCAACUGAAGACCAGAGAGCACGUUACCGAGGGCUUCGACAAGAUCUACGAUGCCUUUGUAGGAAUGUUGGCCGGUGAGAAUACUGGUAAAGCUGUCGUUAAAGUCUAAUAGUAAAAUAAACAGAUAAUCUCUUAACGGUUGUUUC